AUGCUCAAGUUUUUCGCUUUCCAUAAAGAUACUACGGAGGACAUCACCCAAAACUUCAAACUAUUCAAGGAUCUUGAUCUUUCCUUGUAUAAGAAUAAGAGUCGAAAAACUCAAACCCACUACAUCAUAAAUGUCUGGGGCGUGACAAUAUUACGAGUAGUCAUGCUACUUUUUGAUAUUUACACGUGCAUCAAGCUUCUGGCAUUCAAUACAUGGUCAAAUGAGUACAUACCACCUUUCGUCCCGUUCCGCAUCAGCAAGUGGUUGUUUAGUGCAUGCAUAUUCGUGUCUAUACUUGUAAUGGCGUGUGAAUUUGUGGCUGGCAUUCGAAUAUACAGAACGGAGAACAUAUCGUUUAGCUUCAUGAAUAACUGGACGAAUACGUUCCGUUGCUUGAGGGACUACAGAGUGUACUGUCUCUUUGAGAAAAUUACUCCCAGUGGCGUGUUCCAGAGGAUGGCUUUUUUCACCUAUUUUGAGCUAAAGAGCAGUUUCAAACUGCUGUUUGCCGACUCACCGCGACAGAUUAUCAACGGGCUCACGUUGUGGUCUGUGCUUUUCACGAGAGGGAGCACGAGCGAAAUGAACUUAGGCGACUUAGAGUCCCUCCAGGGUGUUGGACAACGGAUGAGGUGGAUAGCGAAGAACAACCACGAGGAGGCGGUUAUACUCUCCUUCAUGUUUUCAUCCUUCCUCAUAUGGGUCUUCUUCUUCCUAAAACUUACCGUUGCGGUGGUCCUAUCGCUCAAAAUACACCACAAGCUAGUGUACGAGUGGAGGUUUACCGAUUUGAAGGGAUACGUCUGCAUCACGAUUUCGUAUAACAUUGACUACCUGACCGAGAAAUAUCGUUUCAAGCAGUUUUACUCUCAGGUGUCACCACACAGCAGCGAUGAAUUCUCGAUCGAUUCAAUUGGAGAGGACGGGGACCUAAAGUCCAUGGGGCUCUACGAUAGCGAAGAAAUGAGCCGAAUAAGCUUUCUCAAAACACCGGAUACUCUCAAUACGUUGCCCAGUUACUACUACCAAAUCGACGACAAGAAGAGCAGGGAAAUGGGGGCCCCCUACUGUUGGGAGUUCAGCGUACCUGCGAAAACGUAUAAAAAACAGGGGAUUGUUUCACCUUGA